AUGAUGAUGAUGAUGAUGAUGAUGAUGAUGAUGAUGAUGAUGAUGAUGAUGAUGAUGAUGAUGAUGAUGAUGAUGAUGAUGAUGAUGAUGAUGAUGAUGAUGAUGAUGAUGAUGAUGAUGAUGAUGAUGAUGAUGAUGAUGAUGAUGAUGAUGAUGAUGAUGAUGAUGAUGAUGAUGAUGAUGAUGAUGAUGAUGAUGAUGAUGAUGAUGAUGAUGAUGAUGAUGAUGAUGAUGAUGAUGAUGAUGAUGAUGAUGAUGAUGAUGAUGAUGAUGAUGAUGAUGAUGAUGAUGAUGAUGAUGAUGAUGAUGAUGAUGAUGAUGAUGAUGAUGAUGAUGAUGAUGAUGAUGAUGAUGAUGAUGAUGAUGAUGAUGAUGAUGAUGAUGAUGAUGAUGAUGAUGAUGAUGAUGAUGAUGAUGAUGAUGAUGAUGAUGAUGAUGAUGAUGAUGAUGAUGAUGAUGAUGAUGAUGAUGAUGAUGAUGAUGAUGAUGAUGAUGAUGAUGAUGAUGAUGAUGAUGAUGAUGAUGAUGAUGAUGAUGAUGAUGAUGAUGAUGAUGAUGAUGAUGAUGAUGAUGAUGAUGAUGAUGAUGAUGAUGAUGAUGAUGAUGAUGAUGAUGAUGAUGAUGAUGAUGAUGAUGAUGAUGAUGAUGAUGAUGAUGAUGAUGAUGAUGAUGAUGAUGAUGAUGAUGAUGAUGAUGAUGAUGAUGAUGAUGAUGAUGAUGAUGAUGAUGAUGAUGAUGAUGAUGAUGAUGAUGAUGAUGAUGAUGAUGAUGAUGAUGAUGAUGAUGAUGAUGAUGAUGAUGAUGAUGAUGAUGAUGAUGAUGAUGAUGAUGAUGAUGAUGAUGAUGAUGAUGAUGAUGAUGAUGAUGAUGAUGAUGAUGAUGAUGAUGAUGAUGAUGAUGAUGAUGAUGAUGAUGAUGAUGAUGAUGAUGAUGAUGAUGAUGAUGAUGAUGAUGAUGAUGAUGAUGAUGAUGAUGAUGAUGAUGAUGAUGAUGAUGAUGAUGAUGAUGAUGAUGAUGAUGAUGAUGAUGAUGAUGAUGAUGAUGAUGAUGAUGAUGAUGAUGAUGAUGAUGAUGAUGAUGAUGAUGAUGAUGAUGAUGAUGAUGAUGAUGAUGAUGAUGAUGAUGAUGAUGAUGAUGAUGAUGAUGAUGAUGAUGAUGAUGAUGAUGAUGAUGAUGAUGAUGAUGAUGAUGAUGAUGAUGAUGAUGAUGAUGAUGAUGAUGAUGAUGAUGAUGAUGAUGAUGAUGAUGAUGAUGAUGAUGAUGAUGAUGAUGAUGAUGAUGAUGAUGAUGAUGAUGAUGAUGAUGAUGAUGAUGAUGAUGAUGAUGAUGAUGAUGAUGAUGAUGAUGAUGAUGAUGAUGAUGAUGAUGAUGAUGAUGAUGAUGAUGAUGAUGAUGAUGAUGAUGAUGAUGAUGAUGAUGAUGAUGAUGAUGAUGAUGAUGAUGAUGAUGAUGAUGAUGAUGAUGAUGAUGAUGAUGAUGAUGAUGAUGAUGAUGAUGAUGAUGAUGAUGAUGAUGAUGAUGAUGAUGAUGAUGAUGAUGAUGAUGAUGAUGAUGAUGAUGAUGAUGAUGAUGAUGAUGAUGAUGAUGAUGUAA